GGAACAAAUAGAAAAAAAUAUAUAACACAGGCUGCCGUGAUCAAGCAUGUUACCAAUUAAUGGAUUGAUUGCUGCUGGAAAUGGAAAGAUGAACAUACCACACAUUCAGGAUCUUAGAUAAAUGGACGUCAAUUCCAAUACAGUGGUUGUUACGGGCUUUGGUCCCUUUCGACAGCAUCUUUUAAACUCCAGCUGGGAAGCAGCAAAGGAACUGUCAACACUUGGCCUUGGUGAUGAUGUAGACCUACACAUCAAGGAACUACCAGUUGCUUACCAAAAAGCAAAGGAGCUCGUCUGUAAAACCUGGGCAGCCCUUCAGCCCCAAAGUCACAUGGAGGAGCAUAACCCACACGUGAGACACCCUUGGAUGCAGCAGCAAGAAGAAGCCUUCACGCUUAUGAUUCAUAUUGGCCUGGUUUCUACCUCAAAAGCAGUGAUAAUUCUGGAGCAGUGUGGGAAGAACAAAGGCUACAAAGAAAUUGAUGUCUGUGGGUUUCAUCCAGAAGAUGGCUGUUGUUUCUCAGAGGGCCCAGAAAGAAUUGAGUCUUCAAUUAAUAUGAAGACAGUCUGCAAAAAUAUCCAGGAGGAAGAGUUUGAUGUCAUUUUUUCCAGAGAUGCAGGAAGGUUUGUCUGCGAUUAUACCUAUUACACCUCUCUUUAUUGUGGCCAUGGCAGAGCAGCCUUUAUCCACGUGCCUCCACUAUCCAAGUGGGUAACAAGAGAACGUCUAGGCAGAGUGCUGCAGGCAGUUAUCUUAGAGAUGUUAAAGCAAUGCAGAGAAGCAAAUGUGUAAAAAUAGAGCCCAAUCCAAGGCUUACAGGAGACAUUCAUCUUGGUUGGACCUUUUCUGAAUCAUUAGUGCCAUUACAGAUACAGCAAAACUUAAAACCAAACAAGCCCCCAGCAUGUGGCAACCAAGAAUUUCUGUGUGUUGGGACUUCCGCCUUCAAUGGAGUACACACUUCUGCAUGCACAAAAGCCAUGGAUUGAGCAAAACACACUUUGGGGCCGAAGAGCCGUGUGUGCAUGUUGGAGUCUUCUGACCACAAUGGAUAGCAACUGUCAUUUUAUAUAGCAGGCAAAGAGAACAAGUGUUUAAAAAACCCCUACAUAUACUGAAGGCUUCAAAGGUUUGACUACAACUAAACACUAUGGAAACAAAGCAAAGUGAAAAAAUGGCUUUUGAACGCUCUAGCUAGUUUUGAUGAGGGAAACCUUGAAUUUUAAAGAUUCAUUCCUGCAGAUUUUUGUUCAAAAAAAGAACAAUCCAAGGGACGACAAGAAAAUCCAUAGAAGAAUUGAAGCAACUUUCUACCGUCCAGAACCCAUUGUUCCUUUUUAAGAAUCCUCUGGAUAGUGAAUAAAAGGCAACACACUAGGUACAAAUGCAUACAGAAUCCUUUUUUAUUUAACUUAAUCAUGUAGUACUGUAACUACUAGGGGGAAAAAAGCAGAGUAAGAGGAACUAAAGGAGCCUUAGCUUCAGCCAUUCAAAAUAGACAAAGGUUCUUUUUAUCAUAAUGUAAAGAAUCCAGAGUAUAUCGCAACAGGAAUAAAUUCUUACAACAGAAUAUACAAAAACAUGUUGAUUUUUUUCAUCUACUAAUUCAUUUUAAUAUAAACACAGGAAUUUAUUUAGGAAUAAUUUAUACACAGCAAGUCUUUAUGUAAUAAAUUGGCCAUGUUAUUGUUUUAUUUUUUUAAAUUUUUUUUAAAAAAACUUUAUUUUAAAGAAGGUAACUUGGAAAGUGUGUUUGCAAAUGCAUUCAGUUCCAUAGCACUUUCUAGCUUUUGUGGUUUGUUUUAACUUGUUUUGUACCAAAGGUAGAAGAUCUCUGGCCAGUCCUUUCUUUUCAAACCUCACUGGUUUAGAAAACAGAAAAAUGAUUCUCAAGAAGGCAACAAAACUACCCAGAAUCCUUCAGUUAAAGAGGGGAACUAACCUGUUUAAUUUGGAGACAGAGAUGGGGUCUUCAGUAUUCAUGUUUAAAUAAUUAUACUAUAAUAAAUAGGGACCUUUGAUGAUAAUUGAAACAAAGCUUUAAUGUUGCUAAAAUAUCUACAUAAACUGUAUAGGCUGCAUAAAAACCACCUUUUUAAUAAAAGUGAUAAGGAAUCUGUAAACAUAGUUGUCUUUCAUUCAGUUAUAAGUAUUGAAAAUUAUCUUUUGCUGUGCCACCUAUGGUGCAGUCAAAUCCUUCAAUCAACUUAAGUCAUCAACAAUAAAGCAAGUACUUAAAUAAUGCAAAUAUCUUCCCAAUCUCAAACACAUCCACUUGGAAUUAAGUUUCAUUGAUUUCAGUGUGAUUUAUUUCCAAAAAGAUGUGCUUCGGAUUGCAGCUAAAGACUGCUUAGCAGCAAUAGUUGUUCUAUUUCCUUAACCAAUGAGGUUUUUCCCAACCAAUCAAAUGCAUCUAUACCGUAAAAGUGAAAUGACCAGUUAAAGAUGAUCCCAACCAUCCAGAGGGGCUUUGGAAGACCAGGUUACUGAAGAUACAGAGCGUAUUCUGGGUUCACUGUAUACUGGGACACUAAGCUUGUGGCAAAAGGUGAGCCAUGACCAAAGUUGGUACAGGACCCAUGUUUGGCAUAUAAUAAAGCUAACUAGUAAACUAAAAAGAAAAAA